GUACGAAUUCCCAAAAGCAUAGAAAUCUCUCUUUGUAGCAGGUCUGCUACAGUUCAACCACCUUGAUUUCCUGCUGCGCACAAAGUACGACGUCGCUUUCAAGCCCCACUUCUCCGCCCUUUUUAACUUCCAACCCGCUUCCCGGGGUUGCUUCUUCUACACACAGAAGACCCCUACCUUGUUUUAAACUCCAAAUCUAACAAAUUAUUCCGUUGCUAAUUCAAUAUAUAAAAUUCUACUAAUAAUGCAAUCCUGGAUUUCUCUUUGUGAAAUGUGUUUCAGUUAUUGAUUGUAAGGCUUGGGCUUCCGAAAGUGUAACUGCAACUUUGUUCCGUGGAGAAUGGAGGUGGAGCAAUUGAGGCCGGAGAAUCCGGCUAUGACGUUUGAUGAGAUGUCAAUGGAGAGAAGCAAGAAUUUCGUGAAAGCUUUGCAGGAACUGAAGAACCUCAGGCCUCAACUUUAUUCUGCUGCAGAGUACUGUGAAAAGUCAUACCUUCAGAAUGAGCAAAAGCAAAUGGUGCUGGAUAACCUAAAGAACUAUGCUGUAAGAGCUCUGGUCAAUGCUGUUGACCACCUUGGCACCGUUGCUUACAAACUGACUGACCUUUUGGACCAGCAGACCUUGGAUAUUUCAAACAUGGAUUUAAAGAUUACAUCUAUAAAUCAGCAACUUUUAACAUGCCAAAGUUAUGCUGGAAAAGAAGGUCUUAGGCAGCAGCAGUUGUUAGCGAUCAUCCCAAGGCAUCACAAGCAUUAUAUCUUGCCAAAUUCUGUCAACAAGAAGGUACACUUUAGCCCACAAUUACAGACAGAUGCUAGUCAACGUAUCCGGCCAAGGCCUUAUAGCUAUCCUUCAGGUUCUUCCGCAGCAAAAACUCUUUCCUGGCAUUUAGCAUCAGAAACCAAGUCUACCUUGAAACCAUCUCCCCAUAGGAUGUUGAGCAAUGCAGACCCAAAAAUUUCUAGAAAAACAUGUGGUGCAUUUAACUUGGAUGCUGACGAGAGUACCAAGAUGAAGUCCACUCCAGCUUCUGAUGCAGCUACUUCUAUUCCAACGCUAGUCACACGGCGGGAAUUUCUGGAGGGCUCGAAACCUAUGACUCCAUUUAGGUCAUUUGAUCAUCCAACGCAAAGAGAGAUCGUCCGUGCCCCUGUUCGUAGUAAAAGUGUGCUGUCGAACUUCUUUGUCAAGCAGAAGACGUCAAAGCUGAAGAGCAAUGCAUGAAUCCUUGGAUCGACCGUCAAAUAAAUUCCAAUCUGGCAAAUUUUUCUUCGUGGAACGGCAGUCUUCUAUAAUCAUCAGCCUUCUACAUUUGGAAGGCAUCAUCAAUAUUCAUCUCAUACUCGUCGACUAUAGACUUAUUCCUUGAUUCCUUCUGUUCUCUGGAUUAAUAACUAGCUGGGAAUGUGUAUUAGUCAGCUAGGAAGUGGUAUAUGCUUUUCAAACAAAUUGCUGGAAUUCUGAUUGUAUAAUUGCCUUGUGCAAAACCAUUGUGACGUGUUUGGUAUGCAAUACCACUCAGGUUUGAACAUGAUGAUGGACAAGACUUUAGUUUCUUUGGUUUUUGUUUCAUUUCGUGUAUUCGACCAUACUAAAUAUUUUAUUAGUGUUCACAAUUUCAAACC